AUGCGCCUCGCCGCCGCGGGCGUCGCGUGCAUCGUGGCGCCUCUGACGCUGCUGCUCCUCGCGCCUCUGACGCUGCUGCUGCUGCCGAUUCUGGUGCCGCUCGGCCUGCUGCUGACCGCCGUGGGAGUCGCCCGCGCCGGCAUCGUCGUCUCGAUGGACGGGUCGAGGCAGCGCGCGCGCUCGCCGCGCUCGCCAGCCGACCGGUCGGGUCCGCAGGCGGAGGCAGCCUCGCGCUCGGAAGAGGCGUGUGCGACGCCGUCGUCCCGUCGCAAGCGGCGCGCGUCGUGGGGCUCGAGCAGCCGCGAGGGUCUGCCGCUCGACCGGCGCGCCUCGAGCGCCCAGGACCGGCCGUAUCUCCCCAUAUCUCCCCAUAUCUCCCCAUAUCUCCCCAUAUCUCCCCAUAAUUCGAGCGCCCAGGAUCGGCCGCCCGAACUGUCCCCGAACCUUCCGACGGCGAUCGCUCUCUCAGCCGCCUCUGUCCCUGUCCCUGUCGAGCUUCAGUCGUGGGUUGGCGCGAACCCGAACCUCAAGCCGUACUGCACGGGCCGGAUCGGGCGCGCGCGAUGCGCCGCUUCUCCUACCUCCUCGUCCCCGGCCAACCUCACAAAGAGAGUGGUACCCGCUCUGCAUGGCGACGUGGCGCGCGUCGUGCUGCUCGGCCACUCCAAGGGGGCGGUCGACGCCGCCGCCGCCCUCUCCCUCUUCCCCGAGCUGCGGGGCCGCGUGGCGGCGCUCGUCUCGGUGCAGGGCCCGCACGGCGGCUCCGCGAUCGCGCACGACCUCGCAAACACGCAAGUCAAGUACCUCUCGGGCGGGGAGCUGCAGCGCGUCGCGCUCGUGCUCGCGCUCGGCGCGCCGAGAGCGCGCCUGUGGCUGGCGGCCACGUCCCUCGCCCUCACAGCCUCGCGGUCUCCCGCCGUGGCCGCGCCGCCGCUGCCGCCGCCGCUGCCGCCGCCGCCCUCGCCGCCACCCGCAUUGGCAGCCGGCACCGACCCGGGCCUCGCGCGGGCAGGGGCGGGCGAGCCCGUAGAGACGGGAGCGGCCGCUGCCGCGGACGCCGACGCAGGCGACGCUUCAGCCAAGCGAUAG